AUGAAGUCAACUCUUGGGUUCACCCUCGCUCUACUGGCAGUGCUUGCUGUAAAGACAGCAGCUGCUGCGGUCCAGUUCAGCUAUGCUGAAGAGUGGCAGAUGUGGAAGACACAGCACGGGAAGAGCUAUGGCUCAGUGAGAGAGGAGCUGGAGAGACAUCUGGUGUGGCUGGCCAACAGAGAGUACAUCAAUGCCCACAACCAGAACUCCCACAUCUUUGGAUUCACCCUCGCCAUAAACCAUCUGGGAGACAUCGGUCAAUGUGGAGCUAGCUAUGCUUUCAGUGCAGUGGGUGCUCUUGAGGGAGCCAAUGCUCUGGCUACUGGUACCCUCAUCUCUCUCAGUGAACAGAACAUCAUCGACUGCUCGAUUCCCUAUGGUAAUCAUGGAUGCAAGGGUGGAAACAUGUACGAUGCAUUUCUCUACAUGGUGGCCAAUGAUGGCAUUGAUACCACCAAUUCUUAUCCCUUCAAAGCCAAGCAAAUGAGCUGUUCCUACACUGAGAGUGGUCGUGGGGCCACCACUUCAGGCAGUGUAGCUAUCGAGAGUGGCAAUGAGAAUGACUUGCAGUCUGCUGUGGCCUACAUUGGACCUGUCGCAGUUGCUGUGGACGCCCAGUCUAAUGCCUUCAGAUACUAUUCCAGUGGUGUCUACAGCAACUCCCGGUGUUCAAGCACUGACAUUACUCACGCCAUGGUUGUAACCGGAUAUGGCACUUACAAUGGAAAAGACUACUAUCUUGUCAAGAACAGUUUUGGAGCAAACUGGGGAAUGGAUGGCUACAUUCUGAUGGCCAGGAAUAAGUACAACCAGUGUGGCAUUGCUACUGAUGCCUCCUACCCCACCCUUUGA